GCAUACAUAUAUGUAUAUUCGAAGUAUUACUCAGGACUCUUCGUAGAAGAUCAUGAUUGUUGAUGACAAUAUUUUAAAUGUCUUUCUAAUGCUUCGCGCGUUAAUAACGGAAGAACAUGUGUAUUUACUCUCAUCCGACGAAUGAAGAUAAAUAAUUAAUAACGAAAUCACUCAACCAUGUCGCGCCCUCGUCCGCACGCGUGCGCGCAAGAUCCGAUAGUUCGAAUUUCACAUGCAGUUACAACGACAAUCAUGUCGACAUUUAUCGAAAACUGGGAACAAGAUGGACGAAUACGACAAAAAGUUUGCAGAGAUGCAAAAGUACAUUCCAUUCCUGGAAGUAAUGAUCGAGAGAGUAACGAUGCAGAAUGCUAAGGACAAAGACAAUUCAACAAGGGAAGUUCAACUACAGAAAAUGCAAAGUCUGCACGGAAUUCUGUUAGACAGCAAGCGAAAAUUGAAGAUUGAGACGCUGCAGCGAUGCGAGAAUGUUUUACAAAAACUGCACAAUAAAGUAGAAAAGAGCUCCCAAUCAGACGCAGACGAGCGCCCGUGCACCCAUGUUUUUUCAGACGAGGUGCACAUCACUGAAAAAAAAAAAUCAAAUCGGAGCAAUAAAAUGGAAUGGAUAAACGCGGAGAAUGAUAAAGAAUUCGAGCAAACGCCAGCGAGUCCAGAUACUGUAAGAUCUUCCAGUCCUGAUUGCCAAAUUCUACCUAUAGUUAUUCCCACGGAGCGUAACGUAGAAUCGAAGAACCGAAAUCGAAGACAACAAGAACAACGUCCCAAAGUAAUACCAGUUAUUACGCUUUCGGAUUCAAAAACUAUAACCAUCUCGUCGCCAUCAGAUUCUAAUCCGGACGAGAUUACAUUUACUGAAUGGGAUAUGUUGGAAGAAUCGGAAAGGCAUAACGCAAGGAAUAGAGGAAAUCGACAACCGUCAUUACCAGUUGCUAUUAGUAACGAUGUAACGACCGCUGCAAAGUUAAUCAGUAACAGUCUGCCACAUAAAGUCAGCGACAGCAGAAAUUAUGCGUUAGAUCCGCAAGACAUACCGACUGUUCCAGUACCUUCUCUUGGUGGUUCUAGACGAUUGUCCUCAGUUUUAGAGAAAAAUAAGCUCAAUUUAGAGAUAAUGACUAGUUGCUCUAGAACAGAAUCGCCCGUGAACGUUCCUGAAGUAAGACUUAAUUCUCCUGAUCCUGAAAUAAUGCUUGCUAAAUCUAAACCUACAUCGCCCAGAUCGAAAGACAGCAGUACGUUGAAGCAACCGUUAAAACCGCCAUCGUCGAUACCGCUUUUGUUUUCGCCGCCGCCUUUGUCUCAUGAGCCUCCAUUGUCUAUGGAAGAUCUGGCGGAAUUGUUGAAUGACGAAGACGAUGGCGAUAAGAGCAAUAAAGUCAGUGAAAAUGCCGCUAAACAAAAGAAGACGGACCAAAUAUCAAAGAAUCUUUCAGUAUCGGAGAAAGAGAAGCUUACUACUAAAAAAGGUUUGCAGCAGUCUGCAGGAGUUUUGCCUAUGAAAACAAUUUCAUCGAUCGGAUCACCUCGUCAAUCAAACGAUUCUCACCGAAUAUCGGUAUCACAAGCACUAUUUUCUAAAACCAAUUUUCAAGAACCACGUUAUGCGGAUAACUAUGAAAGACAUCCUCGUCAACGUGACAUUUAUUCUUAUGAGAGCGCGAAAGAUAAAUCGAUUACUAUUUCUGAAGAAAUCCCAUCUCCGAUACCAGUCAUUCAUAAUACCGCGAGCAAAUCAGAUGAGAGAAACAUUUCAUUGUAUCAGAGACGUUCCAGCGUACCAGCGGAAGGACGGAAGGAUGCGAGUCUGCCUAGACCGGAGAACGAAUUUGUGAUAGAUAAUGACUAUUAUAAUAUGCACACUAAUCAGAUACAUUGGGUUCCUCCCACUACCAAUGAUCAAUUUGGCAGCAAUCAGUGGACACCUUCCUCUUAUGGCGGAAUGACCAAUGCACCUCUGCAACCCACUCAACAUCCUUUUCAACGUCCGGUGGAAUCGCAAUUUAGACAAAAUCAGUUUCCGCCAACUCUACCCGCUGCUGCUUCUAGACCAUUGAUCAAUCCCACGGUGCGACCAGACAUGAGUCACAUGGUAAGACCAGAAAAUAUUCGAGAAGAUAUACCUCCUUUGAUGCCUUCCGGAUAUCCGUUGCAAUACAGAGGCUUUCAAAUAAAUCAAGGAUCUUAUGAUCCAAGCUUUCCUGUCGGCAGACCGACGGAAUAUCCCCAUGUAAGACCGACAUGGGAAAAUUCCGCCAAUCCUUCUUACGAAAAUGUGAUUCCUUGUGGAAUUCAAGUUGUGGAGAGUACCACAGGGACACAUCCACGACCCAACACGCCUUGCCCUUGGGGUACGACAGCGCGUGAUAGAGAUCGGAGUAAUAUAAAUCAGAGCAGAUACUACGAGAGAAAUAGGACAGAAGUGAGGCCCGGUUUUAAUCGCGAUGGCCGCCGAUCUGAUUGGUCGUGGGAUAACCACUCUGAUCGAGAAAAUUUGAAUCGUUUCCCGAUUCGAGAUCCACGAGUUCGUACGGAACACAACACGACAGGUGCCAGAGAUCAGGCCAAAGAGACCGGUGUUUCUGCAAGAGAUCCACGUCUUGCCAAAGAUAAACACAUCGUGAACACAUCAACCAAGACCAAAGACAACGUUCUUAAUGAAAGGGAUCCUAGAAAACGGUUAUUACCGACAAGUACAAAGACAGCAAUAUCGCUAACAAAGGAGAAACAAAAAUCUCAGAAAUCGCCCGAAAAAGAAAAGGACAAGCUUUUGAAAGAUAGAAUGCAGUCACCGCUGGAAAGUCUUUAUGGUGUGAUUGAUACGAAGGCCAAUCAGAAUUCUGGCUUGCAAAAGUUCAAAAUUCCGAAAAUCAAACGACCAGAACCAUUGCAGUUAAAUCGAAUCAUUAACGAGACAAAGAAGAAAGUUGAAAGUGCUUCGUCUAAAUCGUCGCGUACAAAGAGCAAUAAAAGCAAAGAGCCAAAUAAGAACAACAAAUUGUAUCCCAAGAGUAAGAGCAAAGACGUUGAGAGUACCGAAGUGAGUAGUAGUAGCGACGGUAAUCAUGCAACGGAAAAUUCAGUUGAACAAGAUAAUAUUGCAAUGGAGAGGAACAGUUUUUCGUCAUCUCUUGAAAAGUCUGACAAAAACGAGACGAGGAUUGGCGAAGCAGACUCGGCGAUGAGUAAUUCCAAGUCCAGUCAUAUCGCGAAAAAGGGAAAGACGAAAGAAUCAGAAGUGCACAAAUCGUCGAAACCUAAGGAAGCGGUGACAAAGGAAUGGAUUGAGGCGCUAAUCAAGGAGUCGUUUGAAUCCGGUGAGGGCAAGAAACUAGUCGAACACGCGAAAUUGAUACAGAAGUUCGGGGAAGUGCUCAAGGCGAAAAACUUUAAGAAGAUUAAGAAGAUCAUUGAGUCUGAAUCCGAAAGUAAUAGUAGCAGUAGUUCGGACAAGGAUGAAACGGUCGAAGCGAAAAAGUCUCAAGUUAAGAAAAAGAGACGAGUGAUAAUGUCGGAUAGCUCGGAUGAUGAAUGUCUUGCAGAGAGGCUUAGUAUCUUAAGUACCAACAUUGACACGAAUGAUGAGAGAGAAUCGACUUCAGCAAUUCCUGCCAUGGAUCCUAAAAAUUUGGAAGAAAAUUUCAAGGCAACAACAUUCAUUGAUAAUUUGAGUAAAAAACUAACUGAAGAUAUUACCGCGAAGAAAAGUGAUGAUUUAUUAGAGAGUCGUGACAAGGAGUGCGCUCAAGUAGAAUAUAAAAAUAAGGAUAAGCAAUUAGAAAAGAGAAAGAAUAAGAACGAUCGAUUAGAAAAUUAUAAUGAAAAUACUGAUAUUCAAUCAGAAAGCGAAAAACAAAUGAGUAGUAGAUUAGGAGAUAGUGGUAAAGAGAAGAAAUCAAUUAAAGAUAAUCAGGAUAAUCAGGUCGAUCAAAGCAUUCUAUCAAAAGAUAGUGCAGAAAAUAGUAUAGAAUAUCUGAGUCAGGAUAAUACAGAAAGUAAUAUAGAGCGUUUGGAUCAAGAUAAGGAUUGGGCAACGCAAUCUGUCGUUUCCGAUAUUGCAAACCAAGCUGAGGAAAUUUCAAUUGAUAAACCAAAGGCAAAAACGAAGAGAAGAAAUUCUCUGGAGAUGUUGCAAGAGGAUAUCAGGGACAUGUUUAUUAGCGAGGGUGUAGUAACGGCGACAGGUCAUCGAAUGUGCCGAUUGUCGAACUCUAAGAAAGAGGAAACAUCGAGUACUGCUGAGAAGAAAAUUGUAGAGUCCAAUACUGAAACGAACGAGUUGGCAGCGAGUAACGCCAAGAGGAAGAGUUCAAAGUCUCGUAACGUUGAAGAGUCGAAAUCAAAAGCUAAAAGCAAGGACACUAAACGGAUGACUCGCAGUUUACACAAGAAAUCUAUUCAAAGUUCCGACAGUGAAGAGGAUCAACCGUUAGCUCUGCGAACAGAGAAGUUGCUCAAUAUCACUACCAACACUUCGUCGAAUGAAGAAGUGGCUUGCAGUGAAGAGAACUCUGAUACAAUUCGCAGAUCUAAACGCGUUCUACAAGACCUUAUUAAGGAACCACGAGUGGUUGUGGAGAAGGCGGAUCUUACAAAGAUAAUGUUUGACAGCUCGUCUGAUGAGAGUUUUGGCAUAGACGUGUCCGAGUUAGCUGCGGCGGUGGACAUUUCUCUUCGACCGGAGAAGCAAUCUGAUCAGGACUCGGUGGACACAGUGAUUAGUUCGAGGCGACGGAGAAACGCCAACAGUACAGGUAAACAACAAUGGAACUUGAAGUCAAAGAAGUCGUUUGCAAUUACUGACGACAGAAGUGAAGAUGGGAAAUCGUCACUCACAGAUGAGGAGAGUGUAAUAUCGGACAUUUCUAUGUCGAGUAAUGCAACUGCCCGAAAAGGAACAAGCAGUGGCGCAGCUAGAACGACAGCUAGAGAGGAACUGUUGAGUAACAUUCUGGUAGGAUUGUUGCCGACAGCGGAGAAGAACACAUCGGUCGAUAAGGGUAACGACGAAGCGGAAUUCGAGGAGGACGCGAAUGAUCCAUUAGCUAUCGAGCCGAACGUGAAAAAGUCUUUGGUGAAAAAGAAGAAAAAGAAAUCUGGUUGGAAAAUGGGCAGAUUGACUACUAAAAAGAGAAAGAAGAAGACUACUUUGGUAGCUUCCUCGAAAACUAACGUUGAGAGCGGAUCGAAUACUUCAGCGGAUGCUGUAGAAGCUGAUACAUCGCUCUUAAAAGAUAAGGACCCUGUAACGAUGGAGAAAACUCCUGAAAAGAUUCUUGACGACGACCAUGCGAAUGUAGAUUUUGCAGUGGAAGACAACGAGGUUAAACCACUUGUAAAUAUGGAUAGCUUUGAUGUAGAUUCCAAAGACUUCAGCAACUUUACUACUUUAUUAGAGUCUUUGGAUACACGUGGAGAAACACCUGAUGACUCGUUUCUUUCCGUCGAAGAGAGUAAACCGUUGAUAAAAAUGGAAAUAAAAGAGGAAGUAAGUUCGAGUAGCGCUGAUCUUACUGUGGCAAGUACCGCUACUGGAAACAAGUUUUUUAAGGAAUCGCCAAAAAUUGUUUACAAUGAAUUGAUGACGGAGCUCUAUCACAGAAUAGAUAUCAAGCAUCUGAUCGAUUAUGCGUGGGUCGGUCAGGACAAAUAUAAAUGCUUGCUAUGCUUUUUCACCGGCAAAAACAUCGUCCAUCAUUACAAGGUCAGUCAUUCCGGAAUGGAAGUGCUUAUCUCGCGUCUCAAAUUGACGGACGCCAAGACUGCGAUUAUGGACACCGAGUGUGAUGUGACCACAAUGGAUACGAGUCAGAUAUGCAAGUUUCGUUGCAGAUUCUGCUGUUUUGUUACGGAAGGUGCAGCGGACGUAGCACUCGAGGCAUUCUACGAACACUGUACUACACACACGGGUGAAUAUAGGUUUCACUGCAACAAUUGUUCUUACCAGGCAGUGGCCAAAGCAUCCAUGAAGACGCACUAUUAUAAGAUAUGUCGCAAGAAUAAAACGUUCAACGAAUCUGCGUCUGAAGACGUCAUACCGAGAGAGAGUGGUAUCUAUGGCUACUUGUGUGGUGCUUGUAAUUACGUACAACUAAAGCGACAGAAUGUAGAGGCCCACGUUGCAUUCUGGCACCGAGAGGAGCAGAUGGAUACCGAGAUCUUGAAGAUUAAUAUGUCGGCGAUAACUGUCUCAGCGAAAGACGCUGCGAAUAACAACGAUGAGCAAUCGCAACACGAAUCGCCGUCCGUUAACGCGUCCGAGGAGUCUUACGCCGUAGAAACAAAGCCGCAGGUGCUUGAAUUUGAAGCUAUGGAGUGCACAGAUCUAUUAAUGGAUAUUGAUAUCGCGAAGCUAAUGGAGUCCGAGAGCAAUAAUGAUAAUAUCAGUAAAUGUAUUUCAUUUGAACAAAAAACGAAUGAAGAUAUCCAAAUCAAGGAGGAAAAAACGGAGGAAACUCCGACGAAACUGUCUCCAGCGGAACCGGAGAGCUCGUCGGUGAGUACCGGUAAUCUAAGCGCAUUUGUUUGUCCACCUGAAUUGGAAAACAAGGAAAUGGAGAUACAGCGGGAGCGACAGAAGACGAUGCAAGAGAUCGCCAAUAAUAUCGGUAUCUUGUUAAAGAACAUUUCUAAACCCGGUUUGUCUAUAAUAGACAAACUGCAGGAUAAGAUGCGCACGGACGCGGUGGUUGCAGCUAGUCCAGUUCCUGAAUGUAACGCGUCAGCGGACGUUCCGGAAACAAAUGAAAACCCUUUGUUGCCCGAUUUUAUGAAUUCAUCCUCUGCAGAGCCCUUGAAAACUGAGGACCCAAUUAAGAAGGACAUCCUUAGCCAGCAAUCGAGCAGUCAAGGCAAUCCUCCCCUUUCUUCUAUGGAGGAACAAUUGACUACCGAAAAAUCAAAAGUAACAAACGAUGCGGGUGACAAAGUGGACGUGAAAAUCCGGGAUCCUCUUACGAUCAUGGAUCCAUCUAAGGACAACGAGAGCGACGGCGAAAAUAGCGACAACGAACGCUCGGCACCGAUCUUCGAUUCGGACUCCAGUAGCGAACAAUCGGAUUCCGAGCAGACUGACGUCAAUAUGAUCCUGAAGGAGACCUCGAGUAUGAAUGUAUCUUCAUCACGGGACCCCAUGUUAACGACGAUACAGAGGCUGGCUGCGCAGCUUCAGAAUGUGAAACCUUUGGAAUCAGUACCACUCGAGCCAACGAUCGAUAUUAAGAAUAUUAAGACAGAGAUCAAGACUGAACCCGUGUCGCGGUUUCCAAAACCACCGGGCGUCGUACCGAUCGCUAGUGUCAAGCGUUUGCUUGAAAAACAAAAUGCUAAGUGUUCGGAGAAGAACGUGUCAUCGAGUAAGAAUGCCACUCCGCCCAAGAAUUUUCUCAGAUUUAGGCGACUCAGCGGCGAUAUGUUGUCUAUGCCGAUGCAGGUUUUGGAUAAUCAAGAAGAUUUGCAAGAAUUUAAUACAGGUGGAGCGCAAUCAGAUAGCGCGAUUGAUGGAUUAAAAACGGAUACAGAGGAAGAAUGUUCGUUUUUGAAGAUCGAAAAUGUGAUUAGUCUCGCGGAAUCGGAUCCCAAUGAAAGUGUUGCUAUAAAUGACAUCAGGAAAGCGGUAGAGAUAUCUCCUAUGAAAAGUAAAGAAGUGUCUGUUUUAAGAAAGUCCAACCAACCUUUAAUAUUGAAGAAGAUCUCACCGCAGCAAGUGCUAGUCAAUACGAAUGUGCAAGCACCGAAGAUGCAAUUGAUGACCACUCCAUUGACAAGUCUAUCGACUAGCCCAUCAACUUUGAAUUACAGAUCAAGGAAAAUCAAAGUAAUACGUCUACCUAUAGUGAUCAAUUCCAAAGACACGUCGCCCGCGUCCUUCGCGAUCAAGUUGAAAUCUAUGGAGAUGUACGCGACGAUGCUGACAGAGCCAAAGCUAGUUCACUUUUACAAGUGCAUGGGCUAUAAUUGCUCUUUCACGACCGACUUCCUUCUGGAUUAUUAUCGACACUAUAUUAAACAUUACGAAGAGACUGACGAGCAGAGUAAUGCAAAUAAUUAUAACAAAUGUGCCUAUUGUUACACAUCUAUGAAUGACUGGUACGAGAUGAAAAAUCACUUGUUGAGUAAACAUCUUCAUUGCCGAUAUCAAUGCGGUUACUGCUUUUAUCGAGCCAUUGUGCCGUUUCAUGUACGGCAACAUCAGAUAUUGUGUCAUCCCAAUACCGUGUUUUAUUAUUUAUUUGACAAGAAUCAGAAGCCGAUACAGAAACAGGAACAGAUUAAUCGCCACCCUUAUGUACUACCCUUUAUAUGCAAACAUGAUUGUGACAAAAUAUUUUAUAUACCUGAAGUAUUUGUGAAGCACUUAAAGACGAAACAUUCAUCUUGUCCUAAUUUCAAAUGUCAUGUAUGCAACACUAUCCAUUCUACGAUAGAACUUCUUGUAUCUCACUACAAAGUACACGGAUUUUGCAAAUACCAAUGUUUGUAUUGUUUUUAUGGUUUUGAAACUCCAAACGAAAUACAUCAGCAUUUAAGCACUUUGCAUUAUGAUCGAAUGCCUCAGGUUCUGGAACGUACACUUCCUACAGUGCCAUCACGCCAGACAGAAGUUAUAAAUCAACUCAUUUUACGAACUUUCGACGAUGAAAAAGAUGAAGGAAAUAUUGAUUCGAACGCUGACGAUUCUAAAAAGAAUACAUCAGUUUCGUUUAAUGUUGGAAUGAUUUUAAAUGAAGCUCAGUCUAAUCCACCAAAAAAUUUGAAAGGAGAUGUUUUGGUUGGGGCAGUCAGUGAUCUAAAGAACACGGAAGUUAACGUUCACAUUUCCAAUAUUUCAACAAAACAGUCUGUAGAUACGUCUCUCGCCAAUAUCAACACAAAUAUAAAUAAUACAUGUGCUGAAAAACAAUCUUUGGAAAAUGAAUCGUUCCAAUCGGAGAAGGAAACAUUAAGCGAUCGCGCCACAAAUCAGAUUCUUCAAGAACCGAAAUUGGAUAUGCCCGUGAAUGAUUCCGGUGCAGUUCCGUUAAAAGUCUCAGAUGAAUUCAAUUGCAGCGACGAAUUCGUAAAUACCAAUCUUCUUGAUAACGCGGAUCUUUUAAAAAAAUUUACAUCCAAUUCCGACAAUAUGUUUUCUAAAUCCGCGGAUAAAACUGAAGAUAGUGAUAUCGAGGUUUUGGAAAGCGAAGAGAAAGCCACGCAGAGCAAGACUGAAGUUGAGAUAAAGAAAAAGGCAGAACCGAUAUUUUCCGAGACAAAGGUUGAGAAUAAAGAGCAGGCUGCAUCCAGCAAUAUUACCGAAAUGAAAUGCACAGUCAAAAAGGCGCCAGCACAUACUGCUAAUGCGGCUGCUCACUCAGACAAACCUUUAACUUUAGAUGACAUUAAAGAUACCGGCCGUGUCGGACACGAGUUAUAUAAAUGCGGUUACCUGUAUGAAUGCAGUUUUACGGCGCAAAGCUUAAUCUUAUUGAAAUUGCAUAUGAAGACGUGCAAUUUAGGAGACCCUAAACAAAAUUUAUUUUGUCCGCAUUGUAAGAAACGUAUCGUCAAAAUUUGCUUGUUUCUAGAACAUAUAAAAACUCACGGAUUGAAGCGUUUUGGAUGCAGUUUGUGUAAGCUAAGAUACUCUGUUCCAUAUCAAGCUACGGCUCAUAUGAAGUCAAAACACAAAUUUUUCCACACGAAGAUAGUGCCUGCCGAUCCAACAAACCCAGCGGUCGAUGGUCUCUUUACUGUACACGCAGUUUCUUACGAUGCUGCCGAUCGAAGAAACAGGAAACGUAAACGUGCUAACAAUAAGUCGGGAACAGAACAGGAAAAUGAAAAGAAUGUGGAUAAUGAAAAAUUAUCGUUUAGUCCCGAUGAAAUAGAGCAAUUACCACGUCAAGCAAUUUACAAUCGGGAAGUCCAGUGUGCUGUAUGUCCUUACACAACCAAAGUUCGGACAAACAUCAUCCGGCAUUUGCAGUUACAUGCGAAAGACGAGACUGUACCUGAGAGCGGUCCAGUUAAUCCUGUUCCUUGUUUAGAUAAGAAGGAGAAGAUGUUCGAUAAGAUGGUGAAUCUAGCCAGCAGCUCACACCAAAAUGGCCGUAUGAGCGCGAAACUGAAAGAAUCUAUUAAGGAAAACGAGGCGGACGAUAGUAUACCGAAGUUUGUACCGGAACACAAAAGAUAUGUAUGUGGCGUAGCUGAAUGCAAUUACUUAACGGUGGACGAGGCAAUGUUAAGGUAUCACUUAAAGGCCCUACAUUCAGAAGAACCAUAUUUCCGUUGUCCACAUUGUCCUACACUGGGUCAAGAGAAUCAAAAUAUAGUGAUCGACAAAAUGGGCAUUCAUUUGAAAAUGCAUGACGCAAGACUCUAUAAAUGCUCCCAUUGUAAUCAUCAUCAUUAUCAUAGGCACGUUGUGGAGCGGCAUCUUGCUGAUAAGCAUCCGGAGAAGAGACCUUUCGUGAAAGUAAUAAGGGAAAUAGAAAACACGGAGAAUGUUCAACAACCAGUCCAGGAAGAGACCGAGGAGGAGGUACCCGAUCCGGACGGCAAUCAUUGGAAAUGUAAUGUUUGCGAUUUUAAAUGUGUUUACAAAGCUGACAUAGCCACCCAUGCUGACUCAGUUCAUGGUGAGAGCUCCCAAUAUAAGUGCACCCUGUGCUCAUUUAAAACUAGUGGAAAGAUACUUCUCGAGCAACAUCUAAACAACAAGCAUACAAACGAUUCUAACGCCGAUUACACCAUGAUAUACCAGAGGAUAAAGGGUGUCAAUAAACGGAACACCGAAGUCUUAGAGCAAGGCGGGCAGGAUGAACCCUUUGAUACAACACCACUUUGGAGUAGAAAUAUGCCACGAAUUCGGCAUAUUCGCGGUAUUCUUUUGGAGGAGGAGGAAACAGAAACGACCGCGACGAGUGAAACGUCGCCUGCAACUUCAAAAAUAUCUGUAGGUAGCAAACGCAAGAGCGACGCAGAAAUCGUGACAAAGCCGGCUAAAAUAAAAGUGACCGGGAAAUCCAUAUCUCUCGAUGAAGAUAAUAAACUGUCUAAGGAAUCAAAAUCAAAACGGUCACUUUCAUGUGAUAAAAUAUCUGAGGAGGCGGAAGGUGAAGGACAUACUAUGAAAGAAAGUACACAAAGCAGAGUCAUUGGCAACAAAUUGGGUAAAGACCCAAUGGAACUGAUUGACGGUAAUGAUUCCGAUGUAGGAAGGUUUGGACCUUACGGCAAACCGGAUGCCAAUAUGUAUGUCUGUACGCUGUGUAAUCAAUUCAAGACGAAAUACAAGCAUGACAUGAGAGAUCACCUUUAUAGGGAGUUGAACUAUGCUAGAUUUCACUGCAAGACUUGCGGAUAUGUAUCGGUGAAUCGUAAAUCAUUACUGCAGCAUAUUGGAAAACGUCAUAAUGGAGAAGGCACAAACGAGCCACUUUCGCCGGAUAAUGCGAUUGAAGAUUGGGUGAUGACUUUAUUGAAAAAGCAAACGGACAUGAUCAAGUCGUGGAAUAACACGAAUGCUGUCUGUAAAAAUACACCCUUUAAUACAAGCUCUUCAAAUUCAGAUGUUAGUCCCCUGAAGAUCUCAGCCGACAAGAAGUCCGUAAAUCUUGCAUCUACGAUAUCCAAUCUGCAAAAUGACAUUCUUAAAGAUGCCAAUAAAAGCAACAUAGACUAUGAUGACGGAGAUAGCCGAGACAAUGAGAAUCUUGUAAUUGAUAUGAAGGAGGACGAGGUGCAUGAGGAUAAGAGUAACGAAGACAAAUCCGAAAAUAAUAAACCUUGCGAAAAGACCGCCGAUGAUGAUCUGGAAAAGCCAAUUGUCUGCAAGCAUUGCCAGAUGACAUUCACUGGCCAACGUGGAUUCAAAAUACACGUACAGUAUUCACAUUUGAAACGGCUCAGCUUCCUGUGUCCCUACUGCGACCGUAGCGCCAACUCGGAGGCGAUGAUGCGCCAGCACAUCCGCGCGAAGCAUCCAUACGAUCUGGAAAAGAUUAUACACAAUCCAAAUGCAUGGGGAAAUGCAAAGCUAAGCAAUGAAUUCUGGAAGAAGGAGUAUGGCCUUUCUCCUCAGAAGACAAAAAAACGGAAAUUGAAUACAGAGAACAAUGUUAACAUUACCGCCGCAACCGCUUCCGUUGGUAAUCGUUUAGAGAAAUGUGAGGUGUGCAACUUUACAGCAGUAAAUUACACCGGCUUGAAGAAUCACAUGAGAACACACUCUCAUCAACACAAUCUCAAGUGUCUGUAUUGCACCUAUAGCUGUUCGUAUAAAGCAGAAAUGGUGGAGCAUUGGGAAUCAAAUCAUCCCUCGGUACCGCUGAAAUACACGGAACGACUGCCAACCAUGCCAACGGCCAAUUCUUCCUCCAACGAAACAAAAACCAAACUAUCGACGCCUCAAAAACAAGACAAUAUCGAUACAUCAAAGAAUGAAGAACGCAAUUCGUCAUCAACUGUAAUUUAUGGCUGUAACUAUUGUAAUCUUCGCAGUGUCUCGCUAUCAUCCAUCAAACAACACUGGAAUCUCAUGCACAAGGAUUCGAAGGGUUCAGAAGCUACUCUUGCUGCAAAGUUUCCAUUUAGAUAUAAACAAAUACUUGUGUCGAGAUUGUCUUCAAGUCCCAUGAAGAAGAAUGUCAUUGAGCGUAAGCAAGUAAAGCAGACAGAAAACCCGUCGCCUGUCAUUCAACAGCAUGGUUGGGUUUGUCAAUGGUGUCAAGAAUUUUGUGAUACCAACAACGAUAGGAUAAGGCAUCACAACAUGUUCCAUUCACAUUUACCACAAAAGUGGAAGGAGCAACAACAGCAACCAAAGGAACAGGAUCAAUCAGACACAUCAGUAUUGUUGCCUGCAAGUGCCGAAAAGUAUGCGACAAAUUCGAAAAACGUUGCAAGUCACUUCGAGUCAGCCGUAGAGAACUUAAUUACGAAGCAUGUCAAGCAGACCGAACCUGAUGACAUGAAGAAGGAGAAUGAUCAGAGCCGUAAUUUGGACACUUCGACAUUGAAAGGAAGUGGUCGUCGGGCUGUUGCGAGAAAAUCUACUACCAAAUCGGCUAUCUCUUGCGCGAGACCGGGCCCACGUAUAUUCAAAGCUGUCGCACGCAAGUCCACGAAUUCAAGAUAUCCGCCAAGUUUUUUUAAGCCACUAUCGGAAAAGCAUAGUACAAACACGGAAUUUGAGAAGGACGAAGUAAUACAGAAGAAACUGUCAUCGUAUUAUGGAAUACCAAGUAGGCCGAUUAAUCUGACCGAAUUGAAUUCAUACAUGGUGGUCGGGGGUCACACAAUGAAGGUAAACUGUCUUACUCUUUCGACACUUAUUAAUAUCAAGCCGAAAGUACUAUUGAAAGACAUUAAAAAAGAUCCUAAAUAUACCGCAAUUCUCUCAAAUUUGGAUUAAUGUUACAAUAAUUAUUCAUAUGAUAUAUGUACAUAGAUAGAUAUAAUAUAUAAUUUUAGUGUCGAGAUUCAAGAUUUUUGCAUUAAGAACAAUUUAGUAUGGAUUGUUCUAAAAACUAGUAUGUAAGUAGAAUUGCAACUGAAACCCCAGUUUUAUUAUAAUCUGUACGUGAUGAAACUCAUUUGCGAUGAUAAAAAGUUAAAAAGUAUGACAGGAGUAUGUCUUAAGCACCGAAAAAUCAUAAUUUAAUGUUAAUAUUAAGUGUACUAUUUACUCCUGUGCUUUUUUCAUUUCACAAAAUAUAACCUGUACAUAUUGAAAGUAUAGAUACGAUCAUAGCUGUACAUUGAAA